AUGUCACCAAUAUUCGAGUCGAACUUUUCCAUACGCACCAUACUCUCAAACAGAGAAGACAGUAAGGAACUACCCUCACCGAAUCAAAUCGACAUAAGACCCAACUACACCUACUCCGCGUUGGUGACGAUGGCCAUACGAAGCAGCCCGGAGCAGAAACUAACAUUGAGUAGCAUCCAACAGUGGAUCAUGGACAAUUUUCCGUACUAUCGAAAAGAUCAACGCGGCUGGCAAUGCCAGAUUCGUCAUACGCUCACUACAAAUUCCUGUUUCAUGAAGAUACCACGUCCACCAAGCGAUCCGGGACGCGGAAAUUACUGGACCGUGAACCCAGAAGUUGAGUCUAUCAAGAAGAGUGCGUCACCUGGACAAGCGCAAGUCGUCACAAACGCAUUUGAAUCGAAAUAUAACGUUAAUCAAGCAAUGGCACAGGGAGUACCACAUCCACAAAUGCCAACGGCUAGAUAUUUUCCAACUCCACAAGAAAUUGAGCUGUUGCAACAACAAUUGGUCACUCUACAACAACAGCAAUAUCAGCAACAGUGUGAAGAGAUCUAUAGGAAGAUAACUUUCCAUCAACAACAGUGCGCUUUUUUGUCUGCCACACAUUACCCCAUGUCUGAACCGAAUUCGUGA